GAACAAGAAGAAGAAGAAGGGUAACAUUGCGCAUGCGUACACCACGUACACCGAUGAUCGGAGCUGUCUCGGCUGGAUGCUAGCUGGCUAGCUAACGGUCUGUCAAGUCGCACACAUUGGGCUAGAAGGGGAAAGCGCAGCGGUGGAGAAGAAGGGCGACUUGAGCGCCGCGACGAAAUGGCCGGCCAACAGUUCCAGUACGACGACAGCGGCAACACCUUUUUCUAUUUCCUCACGUCCUUCGUCGGACUCAUUGUGGUCCCGGCUACAUAUUACCUCUGGCCCCGGGAUCAGAAUGCUGAACAACUGCGUCUGAAGAGCCUGCGGAGGGUGCAUGGCAGGUGUCUGUGGUACCGGCUCAGGCUGAUGAAGUCACAGCAGAGCAUCGUCCCAACAUUAAAGAAAGCAGCCUUGUUGUUUGGCUGGGCUGUGUUCCUGCUGCUAGCCUACAAGGUGUCCAAGCUGGACAGGGAGUACCAGGAGUAUAACCCAUAUGAAGUCCUCAACUUGGACCCGGGCGCAUCGCUGUCAGAAAUCAAGAAGCAAUACCGUGUGCUGUCGCUCAAGUACCAUCCGGACAAAGGUGGUGAUGAGUCCACGUUCAUGAGAAUUGCCAAAGCCUAUGCUGCUCUAACCAAUGAACAGUCACGACAGAACUGGGAAACAUACGGCAACCCGGACGGUCCAGGAGCAACCAGCUUUGGUAUUGCCCUGCCGGCCUGGAUUGUUGACCAGAAGAAUUCAAUGCUGGUGCUGUUGGUAUAUGGACUCGCCUUUAUGGUCAUCCUUCCUGUGGUUGUGGGCACAUGGUGGUACCGCUCCAUCCGAUACAGCGGAGACCAGAUUCUCAUCAACACCACGCAGCUCUUCAUGCAUUUCAUGUACAAGACGCCCAACAUGAACAUGAAGCGUUUGGCGAUGGUAUUGACAGCAGCGUUUGAGUUUGACCCUCGCAGCAAUAAAGACGCCACCAUACGACCAACAGACAACAUCGAAGUGCCACAGUUGAUCCGCGAGUUGGGGAAUAUCAAUGUGAAGAAGAAGGAGCCUCCAUUCUGCUAUCCUUACAGUUUGAAGGCCAGGGUCUUGGUGCUUGCCCACCUGGCACGCAUGGACGUGUCGGAGGAGUUGGAGGAAGAUCAGAGGUUUGUGGUGAGGAAGAGUCCAGCUCUCCUGCAGGAGAUGAUCAACGUGGGCUGUCAGCUUACUAUGAUGGCCAACAGCAGAGGAGGUUUCCAUGCUCCUCGACUGGUAACCAUAGAGAACUGUAUGAAGCUGACCCAAAUGAUAGUGCAGGGUCUGCAGGAGUCAAAGUCCCCACUGUUGCAGCUGCCCCACUUUGAGGAGGAGCACCUCCGCUACUGCAUCUCUAAGAAGUAUAAAGUUCGGAGCCUCCAGGACCUGGUCAGCCUCAAGGACUCUGACAGACGCAGCAUGCUGCGUUUCUUGGGGGAGGAUAAGUACGAUGAGGUCUUGGCUGUGCUGGGCAGCUUCCCUCACAUCGCCAUGGUCACCAAACUGCAGGUCCUUGAUGAUGAAGACAGCAAUAACAUCACAGCAGGGUCUAUUGUUACAGUAACUGUCACCUUAACCAGAAAACGGAUGGCGGAGGUGUUUGAAAAGGAACAGGAUUCAUCACCGUGUCUAACAGAGGAGGCUGCCACUACAGAGGAAGCGGGAGACGCGAGUAAAACCAAAACAAAAGUGUGGCAGAACAAGAGUAAAGCUGCUAAAAAGACACCCAAGUCAAAGAAGAAAAAAAUAACCAAGAAGAAGGCCCCUCCUGCACCUGCUAAAACCAAGCAGGCCAAUGGCAACGUGGCAGGAAGUGAAGUCGUAGCAGCAACAGCUUCAGCGUCAGCUGCAGCAGCAGCAACAACAACAACAACAACAACAACAGCAGCAACAACAACAACAACAACAACGACAGCAGCAGUAGUAGUGAAGGAGGAAGAGGAGGAAGCCUCGGACAAGGGCAGCGAGUCGGACGAGGCCGAGGCUGAGGCCAACAAGGACUCUCCCAGCGAGAGAGACGAGGACAGCGACAAGCAGAGCGACACGGAGGUGGACGAGAUGGCCGGCGACGAUGAAGAGGAGUGGGAGGCGUUGCAGCAAAGCAUCCAGCGGCGAGAGCGCGCUCUGCUGGAGACCAAGUCAAAGGUGACGCACCCCGUCUACAGCCUCUACUUCCCCGAGGAGAAGCACGAGUGGUGGUGGCUCUACAUCGCCGACCGCAGAGAUCAGACCCUCGUCUCCAUGCCCUACCACGUCUGCACGUUAAAAGACACGGAAGAGGUGGAGCUGAAGUUUCCAGCCCCCUCCAAGACGGGCAACUACCAAUAUUCUAUCAUCCUUCGCUCUGAUUCCUACCUCGGACUGGACCAGAUCAGGCCACUCAAGCUGGAGGUCCACGAGGCCAAGGCCAUGCUGGACAACCACCCACAGUGGGACAUCCCCGACACGGAGGAGGAGGAUGAGGAGCAGGAGGACAGCGACGGCAUUGAGGAGAGCGAGGACGACGAAGAGGACAACGACUGAAUGCGAAUGCGCGCACACGCUCAGCCCCGCCCCUCCCCUCUCCGAUGGACUGGCCACCCACUCACUCCUGACCCCACAGCGGCACCCAAGAGCAGCGUACAAGGAGGGCCCGCCACACACACGCACACGCACGCACACACGCACACACACACACACACACACACACACACACACACAGAGACACACACACACACACACACACACACACACACACAGAAUCACCGGGGAGAGUUUAUACACACAGAGCCCUCCUUCUUCUCUUCAAUUUUAUCUUUACAUGGACUGUGACCCCGCCCCUCCACUUUCCCCCUUUUCUACAGAGACUUGUUCAUUAACUUUCCGUUGCUGGCGGAAGAGAAUUCUGUGAAUACUUACCCAGGCCCAUGUGUGUGUGUGUGUGUGUGUGUGGGUGGGUGGGUGUGCACGUGAGUGUGAGCGGACGGGGUGUGUGUGUGUUUGUAUCCUUUUAUGUGUUUGUAAAGGUAUGAAAGAUUGACACACUGUGGACUGGAGGACCUAUUAUCUGGGCUCUUUUCUUCUUUUCUUGAGGUGGAGUGGGAAAUGUACAACAGCUAGUUUGCAAAAUUAACAGAAACUCAUGACCUCCGUAUGGACUUCAUGACAUCGCUCUCGCUCCUAAUUUUUAAAAUCACUUGGCACCGAUGUUUUCCACAUUAAUGAUACUUUCUAUUGUACAAUUAAAAUCUGCAGAAGUGUG